UACAGUUGCACUUCGCUUUAGAAAUUCACGAACUCAACAUGAAGGUUUUUCUGGGUAUUGCGUUGUUCGUUGUUGGGUGUGUUGCGCUUGAAUUUGAAGAGAACGAUGGCAUUGGCCUACUCGAGGGUGACAUCAAACUCACCCCUCUUCAACAAGUAUCGUUGGAUCUUUAUGGAGAUCCCACUAGACCUCAUCGUGAAGCUCGUGGAUUGACAUCCGAUCCAACAAAGCUGUGGCCUCGAAMCGUUCCAUAUGUUGUAUCGAGCGAACUAGAAAAUAUAACCGAAGCAAUGAAUGCUAUCAAUGCUGGGAUUCAAGAAUGGGAAGAACGCUCUUGUCUUAAGUUCGUUCGCAGGCCUAACGAAAAAGAUUACAUUGAGAUGUUUAUUGGUUCUGGCUGUUGGUCGUAUGUUGGACGAGUAGGCGGUCGACAGCUGCUUUCUCUCAAGUCUGGAUGCUGGAGUACUGGAACUGUAGCUCACGAAAUCGCUCAUGCAAUGGGGAUUUGGCAUGAACAGAGUCGUCCAGACCGUGACCAAUAUGUCAACAUCGUGUGGGAAAACAUUCCUAUAGCGAGACAGCACAACUUUAGAAAGUAUAACCGUACUCAAGUCGACUCCCUUGGCGUCGCAUAUGACUAUCUGUCUGUCAUGCACUACUCUGCGACAGCUUUCACAUCUAAUGGCAAUGCCACCAUAGUUGCAGUAGAUCCAAAUGCAAAACAACUUGGCCAGCGAGUUGGAUUGAGUCCAUCAGAUGUUAAACAGAUUGAUUUGCUGUACAAGUGUAACGGUGCAACUACAAGACCACCGACGCCGCCAUCUCCAUUCGCAUUUCCCAAAGGAGCAGAGGAUACGUGCAAUUUCGAUAAGACGGCAGGAGACAGCUGUGGAACCUGUGGAUUUACUAAUGAUGGCGCAGAUGACUUCGACUGGACGCAGAGGAUUGGAAAAACACCAAGUGGCAAUACAGGACCCCCUGCAGAUCACUCUACCGGCCGCUGGGGUUGGUUUAUGUACAUCGAAACUUCAUCUCCACGAGUUAAGGGCGAACGCGCUGUCUUGAGCAGCAAAGUGUACUCUCCCUCCGAUGAACGCUGCUUCCAUUUCUUCUACCACAUGUUAGGCAAACACAUUGGUAACCUCACUGUAGACGUUAUGGAGAUUGAGGAUGGGACAAACGACGUACCACAAGUUCUGGUAACAUGGAAAAGGUGUGGUAAUCAAGGAAAUGCUUGGCAUAGGGCUGAUAUCCAGCUGCCAGAGAUAGAUUCUAAAUAUAGGAUACUAUUCACUGGUGUGAGAGGUGAUGGUUACCAAGGCGACAUCGCAAUCGAUGACGUAUACUUCACUGAUGGCAAAUGCCGUCAGUCUAUCUAAAUCGCCACAGAAACUGAGUAGUUCGCUUGRAUUCUUAAAUUUAAUCAGAAACUCAUUAAGGAAUUCAGAAACGUGUAGCACGGCUCGAUAUAUACUCCAAAAUAUUCAAAUUAAUUAGCAUAAUUUUGAUACCAUAUUUGGCAGUCAAAAUCCGAUUCAAAAAUAACCYAUGGAACUACAAAUCAAAAAUAUUCAAAUUUUCCAUAUAUCAUAUUUAAUACAUAUAAUGUGGCCGUCGUUUAGUUUCAAGUAUUUUGAAAACGUAAAGAUGUCAGAUUUUAUAAUCGGUGAKAAACAUUUUGCGGAGCAUGGAAAUGAUGGAAUACAGUCUAUCCUUUUCUCRGGCUUCCUGUCCCUCCAAARGACAGGAAGCCCGACAAAAGGAUAGACUGUGAAGGAUACUUCAUUUUAUGAGUCUCUGAUUGAAUUCAUAUUUGUUCAUUUGCUCUACGUGUGCACUAUAAAUGAAAUAAAAUAUUAUACAUCUGUGAA